AUGUCCAGUUCAUUCAAAGUAGUCGAACACCAUACUCCCUGUCAAAGCAUCAGGGAGUAUCCUCAAGCAACCUCGACAUAUCAAGAAGAAGUGCUAUACCUCAGUGCAAAACAAUACAUUCCUCUCAAUCGUACACCCCAAGAAGGAGAUGUAACGAUACUGGCAGCUCACGCGUCGGCAUUCCCCAAAGAGCUCUAUGAACCAUUAUGGGAGGAUCUACUCAAGCAGAGUAAAAAGGCCGGUUAUGGCAUCCGAAGCAUAUGGAUGGCAGAUGUGGCCAACCAAGGCGCAUCUUACGUGCUCAACGAAGGUAAAACAGGAAAUGACCCCAACUACGCCGACCAUGCCCGCGACCUCCUCUGUCUGAUCAACACACACCGCUCCGAGUUCACCCGCCCAAUAAUCGGCGUUGGCCACAGCAUGGGCACAAUCUCCCUCUCCCUCCUCGCACAAAUGCAUCCUCGUCUUCUCACAUCCAUCGUCAUGCUCGACGCAAUAAUCGUUCACAAACCUCUACCAGCUUGGGUGCCCAUGACCCGCAUGCCAUCUUUUCGAAGAGACCUCUGGCCCUCUCGUCAAGCAGCAGAGGCAGCAUUCCGCAAAAACGUCUUGUUGAAGCCUUUUGAUCCUCGCGUGGUGGACAAGAUCUUGCAACACAGUAUACGACCCACACCGACACUACUAUAUCCGGAAAAAGAAGGGGAAAACAAAAAAGGAGAGCAGAGUUAUACCUUGACGACUCCGAAACAUCAAGAAGCCCUUUCAAUCGCCCGCCCGAAUUACGAACAUGUCGAUUGGAUCAACAAGCCUGAUAUAAAGGCAAGACACACACAUCCAGAUAUAUGGCCUUGUGCUCCUUAUAUGCCUCCAUUCUACAAAUCUGAAGGUAGAACUGCUUGGAUGUUCCUUCCUUACUUACGGCCUUCAGUGCUUUGGCUCUACGGUACAAAAUCCUACACUAUGGAUCCAAUCGAACGCAGCGAGAAAAUGAAGCGUACAGGCACCGAAUGGAAUGGCUCCGGCGGCGCGGCAAUGGGAAGAGUGAAGGAGGAAUUCAUCGAAGAUACCGGACAUUUCUUGUGUUUUGAGAAGAUCAAGGAGACGGCCGAAAAAGUGUCAGAAUGGUUGGAUAGUGAGGUUAAGAUCUGGAAAGAUUUGGAAAGGGUGACGAUUGAUAAGAAUUGGCAUGAAAAAGAUGUGGUGGGCAGACAGUGUAUGGACGAGAACUGGUUGAAGGGCGUCAAAGCUUGGAAGGGAGACGCAGCUAUGCCUUUGAGUAAGCUCUGAUGCAUCAAGCAGGAGAAAUGACUUGGUUCUUGACAUGCAACCUCCAUUCUGACCGACGCUUGAAUAAGUGGAUGAAGUGAGGAGCGAGCCAAAAAUCAGCCGCGCAAUUGCCAAAUCUAUAGGCAAAAGAUUACAUUCACAAAUCUUGCCUCCAUCGUUCCUUCCAG